CCACUCUCUGCCUACUGUCUCGGUACCACGCCAUUUCCCACGGUGACAAUCGCCGGUUUAUCCUGCCAGGUCCUGCCGGCCUCCUCACAUCUGACUCUACUCUGUCCUACUUCUAUCCACGGAGGCUCCCUCUGCCACGGGUGGUAUUGCUCGGAGGUCGUGACCUGGUCCCGGUUCUGCUCCAAGUCCAUCCCCACCAUCAGGGGCCCUGGUGAAAACGCAGACCGGGACUUAGACCCCACGCUCCGGGUGAUUCCGCCUAGUGGGCUGCCAGAGGUG